AUGGCCCACGUUUUGAAGAUCCUUUUUUCGAAAUCAUCAUUUGAGUUGGCGUUGGAGUUCGAAGAAUCUUCAAGACGGAAGAUGUCGCGGGAAGGCGCCGUCGGUGACAAGCCGAAGGGUCCGCCCUCCACCGUCUCCUCCGCCACUCACUUGAUGGCAACGUUCGACCUGUUCAUCAAGAUGCACGGAACAAAAUGCGCAACACGCGUCCUACGCUUCAAUGCGCCAAGGGCAUCUUCCAUACCCCCUAGAUUCUAUUCCACAUCAAGCCUCCAAAUCAAUGAGGACCGUCUUUGGGAGACAUUACACAAAACAUGCGAAUGGGGCGCGGCACAUAGAUAUGGCGGCCGUCCCACGGAGACAGGGAUGGCCCGUCUAACUCUUAGCGAUGACGAUGCCAAAGUACGAAAGUGGUUUGCAAACGAGGUGCAAAAGCUGGGAUGCUCGCUUUCUGUGGACCAGAUGGGAAACAUGUUUGCCCGACAGUCAGGGUCGAUGAAGUCUUCUGCGCCGAUGAUUGCCAUGGGUAGCCAUCUCGAUACUCAACCUCGGGGCGGUCGCUAUGAUGGAAUUUUGGGCGUGAUGGCCGCACUGGAAGUUUUGCGGACGAUGAAAGAAAACAAUUUCAAGACAAACUAUGAUGUCGGCAUCGUUAAUUGGACCAACGAGGAAGGAGCUCGAUUCCCAAAGUCAAUGUGCUCCUCUGGAGUUUGGGCUGGGGCGAUUCCAAUUCAAAAAGCGUGGGACCUACGUGAUAUUCAUGAUCCAACCGUGACCCUGCGUUCUGAGCUUGAGCGACAUGGCUAUCUCGGCGACAUUGCGUGCUCGAGCGAUGGAGCUGCGGGAUUCCCACUGGGUGCUCAUUUCGAGCUACACAUUGAGCAAGGACCCAUUCUCCAGGAAACUGGACGGUCAAUCGGCAUUGUACAGGGUGCUCAGGGUUACAGAUGGCUGACAGUCACUGUCCAGGGUAAGGAUGCUCAUACUGGAACGACACCUCUCAGUGCUCGUCACGAUGCUAUGCUCGCAGCUUCUAAGAUGAUUGUUGUCUCGAACGCAAUCGCUAAGAGACACGAUGCGCUGGCCUCUACGGGUAUUAUCAGAGUGCCGUCAAAUGCGUCUACCAACACCCUUCCAUCUGAUGUGACGUUCACUCUGGACAUUCGACACCCUCAGGACAGCACUGUGCAUGCUGUGCAAAAAGAGUGCCUUGACGCCUUUGCCAAUAUCUCUUCCGAGGACGGCAAGGGUGUUUCUUUCGACUGGACUUUGGAUACGGACUCGCCUGCCGUCAAGUUUGAUCAAGGUUGUGUCGAAUCGAUCAAGGCAGCAGCCGAUCGUCUUGUUGGGCCUGAGAAGUCGAUGUACAUGACUAGCGGUGCUGGUCACGACACUGUUUAUACCAGCAAGCACUGUCCGUCGGCCAUGAUUUUCGUGCCUUGCCGGGACGGUGUGAGCCAUCAUCCGACCGAAUAUUGUACUCCAGAGGACUGUGCUCUUGGAACCCAGGCACUGCUGGAGGCUGUGGUGCACUAUGACCAGACUAGCGCCCUGAAUGCGUAA